AUGCGUUCCUGCCCGCCAGAUUUCGGGAUGAACGCUGGAAUUUUGGAGGAGGGAGGGUUCCGCUCGGAGCCGCUGGAGGGUUCGGAGCAGGACAAAGCCGCCUUCGCGCUGCUCAAGCGCCGCAAGAUCCUGCGCCUGGUGAGCCAGUGGCUGCUGCUCUACGGGCGGCUCCUGCAGGGCGACCGCGGCACCACGGCCCUGCUGCAGAACCUGGCGGACCUGGCGAGCCGCGACCCCCGCCUGGGGGGGCUGGGGCAGGAGCAGGAGCGGCGGCGGCCCCGGGGGUUGGAGAAUGGCGACGGCAGCGGGUCCCCCCAGCCCAAGGCUCGGAGCGCGGGGCCGUGGCUCGGGAGCGCGGAGGAGGCGGCUCCGGACGGAGGCUGUGCCCUGAGGGCCCAGGACAAAGUGCCCUACGAGAUCUACCGCGCCGACCACUCGUGCCUGGUCUCCGUGCUGCCCGUGGCCGCCUCGGUGCGGGAGGUGCUGCGGGCGCUGGCCCCGCGCCUCGGGGGGCCCGGCGAGCACGUCCUGGUCAAGGUGAACUCCUCCGGAGACAAGGCGCGGCUGCCCCCGGACGCCACGGGCGUGUUCACGGCGCUGGGGCUCAACGAGAGGCUCUUUGCCGUGAGCCUGGAGGAGCUGGGGGGCCUGACCCCCCACCCCGAGCAGCUGGGCCCCCGCGUGGGCUCCUCCGAGACCCUGGACCUGCUCAGCUCCAAGGAGCUCGCCAGUCACCUCACGGAGCACGACUGGGACCUGUUCCGCAGCAUCCACCAGGUGGAGAUGAUCCACUACAUCGUGGGGCCGCCGCGGCUGCCGGAGGUGAGCGCGGCCAACCUGGAGCGGGCGCUGCGGCGCUUCCAGGAGCUGCAGUUCUGGGUGGCCACCGAGCUGUGCCUCUGCCCCGACCCCGCGCGGCGGGCGCGGCUCCUGCGCAAGUUCAUCAAGGUGGCGGCUCACCUGAAGGAGCAGAAGAACCUCAAUUCCUUCUUUGCGGUGAUGUUCGGGAUCAGCAACACGGCCGUGACCCGCCUGGCCCGGACAUGGGAGAGGUUGCCCCACAAGAUCCGGAAGCUGCACUCGGCGCUGGAGCGGAUGCUGGACCCCUCGUGGAACCACCGUGUGUAUCGCCUGGCCGUGGCCAAGAUGAGCCCCCCCCUCAUCCCCUUCGUGCCCCUGCUCCUCAAAGACAUGACGUUCAUCCACGAGGGGAACCGAACGUGGGCCGAGAACCUCAUCAACUUUGAGAAGAUGCACAUGAUGGCAAAAACCGCGCGGGUCCUGCAGCGCUGCCGCGGCCACGCCCACCCCCCACUGUCCCCCCUGAGGAGCCGCUCCCCCCCCCGGCAGGAGGAUCCCAAGGCCCUCAGGAUCUCCACGUGCUCGGAGCAGUCCCUGGGCGGGAGGAGCCCCGUGUCCACCUGGGAAUUCCUGCAGCACCUCCGGGCCAUCGACAGCCAGAAGGAGCUGCUGCGGCUCUCCCGGGACCUGGAGCCCUGAGGGAGGGAGGGCCCGGGGCCCUGGAGCUGGAUGUGGGGCCCUGGAGCUGGAUGUGGGGCCCUGGAGCUGGAUGUGGGGCCCUGGAGAAGGAUGUGGGGCCCUGGAGCUGGAUGUGGGGCCCUGGAGCUGGAUAUGGAGCCCUGGAGAAGGAUGUGGAGCCCUGGAGCUGGAUAUGUGACCCUGGAGCAGGGAUGUGGACCCUGGAGCAGGAUGUGACCCUGGAGCAGGGAUGUGGACCCUGGA